UGUUAAAAGCAAUGAGGAUGCUCUGCAUUGUAGGAGAAGCUUUUUCUUUCAACCUUCCUUUCUGUACUUGCCAGAUCCUUCUUGCCUCCAAAAUGAAAACCUGGGCUGCCUGCAUACGUGUAAUCAAAGGUUAAAAAGCACCUCGGCUGACACCACGCAUGUGUUAAUCUGUGCUGCAGCAGUGUGCAUCAUUUCAACUUUGACCUCAGAGUUAAUCUGCAUUCAAGCAGAAGCUCCGUUGCUUUAUUCUUUUCCCCUCUCUUUUUACCCUCCCUCUCCUUUCCCUUUCUCCUGUGCUGAUGGAUUGUGUUGUCUGUGUACUGGUGUCUGUGUGAGUAUGUGCUUAUGUGUGAGUGUGUUUCUCCUUACCUUGCCUGCUUUUCUUGUGUGUGUCCUCCCUCUCUCCCACCCUUUUCCUCCCAGUUAUAUUAUUUAUCUAGAUUUGGAAGCUGCUGCCUAAGCUGACUUUUUUUUUUAUUGUAGUUGCAAAAGGCUUGGGCAGAUCUAAUAUCUGCCCCCUCUGAAUAUUAAUUCCUGCAACUGGGUGCAAUGUAUCAUCCCACUGACGGGACCUCGUAGGGGGGUGGGGUGGGAACCACCAACAAAAUAAAAAUAAAGAAGGAAAGGGACGGAUCCAUCUGCAACCAAGAGGAAAAGGGAGAGGGGGGGAGAAAAAGCGAGAUGAGUCCUCCAAAUCCAACAAGCCUGGGGAGCUCGAAUCCUGCAUUUUCUCUCAAAAUGAUGGUGUGGGCACUUGUGCUUCUCUCCCUCAUCCAGUGUUCUAGCCAAAAGGGGGAUGAUGACUAUGAAGAUUAUACAUCCAACAAAACAUGGGUUUUGACUCCCAAAGUCCAUGAGAGUGAUGUUACCCUGAUUUUAAAUGGCUUGCUGGAGGGAUAUGACAACAAACUGAGACCUGACAUAGGAGUGAAACCAACAGUAAUUCACACUGACAUGUAUGUAAAUAGCAUCGGUCCAGUGAAUGCUAUCAAUAUGGAAUACACAAUCGAUAUAUUUUUCGCCCAAACCUGGUAUGACAGACGUCUGAAAUUCAACAGCACAAUAAAAGUGCUCCGACUGAACAGUAAUAUGGUUGGGAAGAUCUGGAUACCAGAUACAUUUUUCCGAAACUCCAAGAAGGCUGAUGCUCAUUGGAUAACAACACCCAAUAGGAUGCUCAGGAUCUGGAAUGAUGGCAGGGUGCUAUAUACACUAAGGUUGACAAUAGAUGCUGAGUGCCAGUUGCAGUUGCACAACUUCCCAAUGGAUGAACAUUCCUGUCCACUGGAGUUUUCAAGCUAUGGCUACCCCAGGGAAGAAAUUAUUUAUCAGUGGAAACGCAGUUCGGUGGAAGUGGGAGACACCAGAUCUUGGAGGCUCUACCAGUUUUCUUUUAUUGGACUGAGAAAUUCUACUGAGGUAGUGAAGACAACCUCAG